CAUCAGUCACACGGAGUUUUUUGCUGAAUUUCAUUUGCAGUACGGAAAGUCGGUGACAUGGAUACGAGACGCUCGCUAUGUGACCGAUGGAAAGUUUACCACCGCUAGCGGUGUCUCUGCUGGCUUGGACAUAGGAUUUGACCUUGCAAAAGAGUUGUUCAGCGCUGUCCAAGCCGAUAAGGUCGCAGGUCUCGUCGGAUACGUCCCACUUUCAGACGGCGAUGACCCGUUUGCGACACUGCAUAAGCCUACGGGUAUGAUGGGGGCUCUCUCAACUUCGAAUAUCGUCGAAUCCGUCUUAUGAUGCCUAUCUGAUGUUCGCGUUUCUAGGCCCUUGGGCAGACUACCUCUACUUUAAAGCUACCACCUUAGUUGCCAGCUCAGUGGUGCGAGAACGUACCGAUCUUCAAGGGCAGGCGACCACCAGCCGACUGCCUUCGCUUCCUCUGACGUUCUUCUCGAAGAGGAAGUCGAACACCAUCAAAGUACUGUUGUUUCCCGGCUUCGACAGUCUGGAUGUGGCUGGAAUACUGGAAGCCUGUUUUGGACUUGCGAGCACCCACAUAGUCGAGCUCGUAGCUAUGCAAGGGGUACCUCCAGCGAAUGCCGAUGAGUUGGUCGUCACGGGCGGGGAUUCAUCCGCGCGGAACGCGAACCAGUCGAAGAUUGUUCGCGUUCGCUGCGAUUCGGCAAUACACGCGCCCAUCGAUGCCCUUCCAAAAGACUGGACCUCGUCGGUUAUCCUCGUACCAUCCGUCCCGCCGGAAAAGUACGUUCAACUGGAAGCGUCGCUCGCGAGUGGGCUGGAAGAUCUUUUGCGCGGAUCGGCGGCUGUACUCGCUUGCGGAGAAGCUAUGGUCCGCUUGUUACAAUCAAGGAAUACGCUUUCCGAGCAAGUCCUGAAUGAGUACAAUGGACCCAAACGAUGGGGCCAAGAUGAAACUGGCAAGCUGUUCGUCGCCCAGACAGGAGUUACACGUGAGUAUCUUCCCUGAUCAAGAGGAGCGUACAUUCUGUCUCUCCCUUGCUAAUUCUCAUUCGGGUAUAUCAAGCCAUCACCCCGAUGCUCGCCAUAAUUAGAGAUGUUGCCGGCGCAGCUGCGGCUCGGGACGCUGCGAUGGAGAUGGAAAUCGCGCCAAACCUUAUGCCCGACGGCGUUACUUUGGCGUAGUGG